AUGUCUGUACCAAAAGCGGUAACCCCGAGCUACAUUCGGGCUUACCAUGCGGCGCUGCAUAGGGAGUCCCUCCAGCACUUACCUUGUCCUUCGCUCCCACGAUGUGUCCCCUGCAGCAUCCCCGACCAUCUCUUCCGGCUGAUGCCGGCAUCCGGCUCCUGUGUUCCGGUCCCUGUGACGUCGGGACGUACGGGCACCGCCGGUGGCGGGAAAUUUGAAAAUUUAAAAAAAAUUAAUUUUUUUCAAAACGAUUUUACGUAUGCUCUGUCCUGUCCCCUGUCUGCAUUUUGACUGUUCUUUCUG